ACCACUUCAACUGGACAACAAGCAUGGCGACCUCUCAUGCCCAAAAUUUGCCACAGGAAUUACUUCUUCGCGUCUUUAUGUUGCUUGACCGUCGGUCAAAUGCCCGGAAUGCUGGAGUAUGCAAGGCGUGGAGGGAGGGGGCUCUUGACGAAGUGUGGCGAGAAUUGCACGAUUGGACAAGUGCUUUGGCUUCGUUCGCAGAUACGGUCUCAGACCCUGUUACUCGAAAAAUGAACAUCCCUAAAAAAUCAGAUAUAGAGCUUUUCGUCUACUCUAACCAAAGAUGUCUGGGAUUGCAUCAUUCAUACUCAGGGCCUCAAUUUGGUCCUAUCGUCAUGCAUCACUCGAUCUCUGCGCUCACUGUCACCUUCAGCUCCCCUCACUCACCCCCACAAAUGAAUUUCGAAGAAUUAGCGCUGCAUGUAUCUGAGAGAAUGCCAAAUCUUACGACUCUUGACCUUGAUAUCCCCGUUGUCGAAGCCAGGAUGCAAGAAAACCUUCUCCAUUUUCUCGAAAACCUCCCACGUCUUCAAGAGGUCACUUUAUCGCCCACCAUGUUCUCUUCCUCUAUCAUUGAGCCCCUCGCCGCCCUCAACUCGCUCCGAGUACUGUCGUCCUCGAUCUCUGAUAAUGAUGGAUGGGUCGACUGUCCUGACAGCUUUUAUGUCCCUUUGGAAGAAGGAGCAUUCCCGUCGCUGCAAUCCAUCUCGUUCGGGGCUUCCCUCUCUGAAGCUCGGAGACUCCUCGAAGAGCCCCAUUUCCCGGCGUCGUCUAUGACAUCUAUUAUCUUGAAUGUCCCUUGCCCUCUCAGAGAAACCCCUUCACGUCUCAGGGAAAUCCUGCAGUCUCUCGCGGACUCCUUCCAUUCCCUACAACGCCUCGGAUUUUCCAUGGUCGACAUCCAUACUGAAGAAUUGGCCCAGCCCUUGCCUGUCUUCGACUUCAUAGAUAUCAGCCCUGUCCUGCGUCUUCGACAUUUGAAGGCACUCACGAUUCGCUACUUCCGUCCUAUCACGAUAACGGACGACCAACUCGAGUCUCUCGCUGCAAGUCUUCCGCAAUUAGAGGAGCUGGUGCUCACCGCAUACCCUAUGUUCACACCCAAGCCCACGCUCACCUUACCCAGUAUCAUUUCGCUCGCCCUGCACUGCCCCAAUAUGAAAAAGUUGGCAUUGUACUUGCGCACCUCAGGCAUCGCUCUCCUACCAUCCGCCGACGCCCGAUUUAAUCACCUUGCGCACCUUUGGGUUGGAUAUUCGGACCCCAGUGGGGAUAUAGAGAAAAUAUGCCGGUUUCUAUACCCCCUACUCCCGCGGAAAUGUGAAAUAAUGGCCACCGUCGACGAAUGCUGCGAGGAAUGUAAUUAUAUACGCGACCCAACACGGUGGGAGACGGAAGACGAGGAAGAUAGAGUGAAGGCGACAGAUUUGUGGCGCGGUGUGGAGCGGACGAUUGGACUGAUGAAUCACGCAAGAGAGGAUGCGGAGAAGGCAUUCAAAUCGGAGAAACAAACUUUACAGGAGGAGCUGAGGGUUGCGAGAGCACGGUUAGAGCUGGAGUCGAGAUCGCAAAGCGAGCCUAUAUUCGCACCAAUAACAUCACACGAGACAGAAGGCAGAGUAAGACAGUACACAGGCCGAGAGCGAGAGGAGAAAGAUGAAAGAGAGCAAGCAAAAAAAAAAGGAGGAAGCAGCGAAGAUGCGGCGAAGCAAAACAAAACGAAAACGCGAUAG